AUGAUUAUCCAUAUGCUUUCUUUCAUAGACAGAGCCAACAUUGGAAAUGCCAAGGUGCUCAACCGAGAUGAAGGAGACUCGCUUGAAGAAACACUCGGCAUCUCAAACCAGCAGUACCUCGUCGCGCUCAUGAUAUUCAUUGUCGCUUUCACCAUCGUUCAGACCCCGUGCAACUAUAUGCUCAAGAAGUACCGCCCUUCGCGCGCGAUGGCGCUGAUGAUGUUCUGCUGGGGCGUCAUGACCAUCGUUCUCGCCACGGUGCAGAACUUCUCUGGCCUCGUCGCUGUCCGCUUCUUCCUCGGCGCUUUCGAGUCGGGUCUCUUCCCCGGCCUCGUCUACAUCCUCACCUUCUGGUACCGCCCCGAAGAGCGCGCACUCCGCAUCGCCUUCAUCGUCGCCUGCUCCUCCCUCGGCAGUGCGUUCGGCGGCGCGAUCGCGUUCGGCGUCGGGCGCACACUCAACGGCGUGCGCGGCCUCGAAGCCUGGCGCUGGCUCUUCAUCAUCGAAGGCAUCCCCUCCUGCCUCGCCGCCCUCCCCGUCCUCCUCCUCUUCCCGGACUACCCCGAGGACGCCCGCUGGCUCUCCGAGGACGAGCGCGCGCUCUCCGCGGCACGCCUCGCGGGCGUCGCUUCGCACGGCGCCGACGCGCUCACCUGGGCGGACGCGCGCGCGACGCUCGCCGACUGGCGGCUCUACGCGCACUACCUCGCGUACGUCUCGAUCUCCGUCCCGUUCUCCUCGAACUCGCUCUUCGCACCCACGAUCGUCGCCGGGCUCGGCUACACCGGGCUCGACGCGCAGCUGUUCACCGUGCCGCCGUACGCGGUCGCGUUCGCGGUCACGCUCGCGGUCGCGUGGGCCGCGGACCGCUUCGAGGCGCGCUCGCUCGCGACGUGCGGGUCGAUGCUCGUCGCGGGCGCGAGCUUCGUCGUGCAGGGCGCGCUCCCCGCGGACGCCUUCAAGGCGCGCUACGCCUUCCUCUUCUUCAGCCUCUCCUUCUCCUUCGCCUCCAUCCCGCCCUCGCUCAGCUGGCUCGCCGCGAACGUGCACAGCACCGGCGCUGCCACGCUCGCGAUCCCGCUCAACGUCGCCUUCGGGCAGCUCGGGCAGAUCAUCGGCGUGUACAUCUACAAAGACUCCGAGGCGCCGAGCUUCCCCACCGGCCACUUCACCAACGCCGGCUUCCUCCUCGAGGGCGCGGUGCUCAUCGCGGCCCUCCGCGUUUUCUAUGUCCGUAGGAACGGGAAGCUGUCUUACGGCGCGCGCGCGUGGCGUCUUUAA